CUGUGGGUCAUGCGUGCGGUUCGGCAUGGCGGCCCCCUUAGCCGGGAAGAAGAUCGUGUUUGUCACGGGGAACGCCAAGAAGCUGGAGGAGGUCAUUCAGAUUCUGGGAGAUAAGUUUCCAUGCACUUUGGUGGCACAGAAAAUUGACCUGCCAGAGUACCAGGGAGAGCCCGAUGAGAUUUCCAUACAGAAGUGUCAGGAGGCAGCUCGCCAGGUGCAGGGGCCCGUACUGGUGGAGGACACCUGUCUGUGCUUCAACGCCCUUGGGGGCCUCCCUGGCCCCUACAUAAAGUGGUUUCUGGAGAAGUUAAAGCCUGAAGGUCUCCACCAGCUCCUGGCUGGGUUUGAGGACAAGUCAGCCUAUGCGCUCUGCACGUUUGCACUCAGCACCGGGGACCCCAGCGAGCCAGUGCGCCUGUUCAGGGGCCGGACCUCGGGCCGGAUUGUGGUGCCCCGAGGCUGCCGGGACUUCGGCUGGGAUCCUUGUUUUCAGCCUGAUGGAUACGAGCAGACGUACGCAGAGAUGCCCAAAGCUGAGAAGAACACCAUCUCCCAUCGCUUCCGGGCCCUGCUUGAGCUGCAGAAAUACUUUGGCAGCCUGAGUCCUCCGGUAGCCGGUGACAGUUGCCCUGGCGGGGGAUCUGGGGAAAGCUAGCCCGAAACCUCCCCCAUCAGGCACCCCUCCAAGUACUUCCUUCAGGGUUCCCACUUGCUAGGGGUGUUGAGACCACCUCACCAGCCCUGCUUGGAGGAGCAGCUGGCUCUGCUUGGAGAAACUUUGGGCAGGGACACCAUUUUCUUGCCCUCGGGGAUUCAGUGGUCCCUCCUGCAGCCCCUGGCUUAGGAUCCUAAAAGGACCUUGGAUGUUAUCCUGGCCACAUCAGGAUGGAGGUUUCGGGAAGAACCACACAAAUAGCCCUAGAUGUGUAAAAAAUGCAACAAGU